CCUAGUAGUACCCGGUAUCUUUGCGAUCCGAACAUGGGAAUCUUCUCUUAAGUCUUAGAGAUUGACUUUAGAAUCUGGCCUAGAGAGCUCUCAGUUGUUCUAUAGGCACAAGCUGCUGGCUGAACUCGGCCCACUUGGAUAUAAGGAGUCUAGCACAGUACUGCACAAAUCAUGCUAUCCGAUCUGCACACAAAGCGCGCAGAUAGUGCCUCUCCACUUUCUGAUCUAACCAGGGACUAUGCACAAUCGCUUGAUGCGCAGGACCCUUUACGCCACUUCCGACAGGAGUUCUUAAUUCCUUCGAAGAAGGACCUGAAGAGGAAGACAUUGGCUGCACCGGAUGAGAACGAUGAGGAGGAUGAUCAAAGGUCUAUCUAUCUAUGCGGGAACUCCCUUGGAGUCCAGCCUCGCAAUGUUCGCAAGUACAUUGACCACUACUUACGAGCUUGGGCUCUCAAGGGAGUGACCGGACAUUUCGUGCCGCAUGAUGACCAACUGCUUCCGCCUUUUGUCAGCGUGGACGAGGCUGGAUCCAAGUUGAUGGCGCCGAUCGUUGGCGCCAAACCCGAGGAAGUUGCUGUAAUGGGCACGCUGACGGCCAAUCUGCAUCUUCUGAUGGCGAGUUUCUACAAGCCUACCCAGGAAAGAUACAAGAUCAUCAUCGAGGGCAAGGCAUUCCCUAGCGAUCACUAUGCUGUUGAGUCUCAGAUCGUGCACCACGGUCUUCGCCCCGAGGAUGCUAUGGUUCUCAUCGAGCCUCGAGAGUCUCAACUUCCCAUCCUAACCACCGAGCAAAUCCUUCGUGUGAUUGAUGAGCAUGCGUCGAGUACGGCAGUCAUACUCCUUUCUGCCAUUCAGUUCUAUACUGGUCAGUACUUCGAAAUCGAGAAGAUCACUUCGUAUGCCCAGUCGAAAGGUAUUUUGGUUGGUUGGGAUUGCGCCCAUGCAGCGGGCAACGUGGACCUGCAAUUGCACGACUGGAACGUGGACUUCGCUGCGUGGUGUACCUACAAGUACCUUAACAGCGGGCCUGGAUGUAUGGCAGCUCUGUUUGUUCACGAGAAGCAUGGCAAAGUAGAGAAGGACAAGAUUGGCACAGCAGAGCAAGCCUUCCGCCCACGGUUGUCAGGUUGGUGGGGAGGUGACAAACAGAGGCGGUUUCUGAUGGAAAAUAAAUUUGUACCUCAGACCGGUGCUGCAGGCUAUCAGCUCUCGAACCCUUCCGUGCUAGAUACGAGUGCGCUCGCGGCAUCUCUCGAACUAUUCAACCGAACUUCGAUGGCUCAACUUCGUGAGAAGUCUCUCAAAAUAACGGCGUACCUAGAGCGACUCCUGAAAUACCCACCCGAGUCACUUCCAAAGAGGACGUUCUCCAUAAUCACACCCUCGAACCCAGCAGAAAGGGGUGCGCAAUUGAGCCUGCGCUUAGCACCUGGUCUUCUCGAUAGCGUCCUUGAGGUGCUGGAAGAACAUGGUGUUGUUAUCGAUGAACGAAAACCAGAUGUGAUCCGAGUGGCACCCGCGCCUAUGUACAACUCGUACGUUGAUGUUUGGGAGUUCUGCCAGGUCUUCUUCAAGGCUUGUCGACUAGCGUUGGACACCCGAAAGUGAUUGCACAGCCCAUUAAUCUAUCUGUCCAUAACUCACAGCACAAAACCAGGAUUCCAGUCCUUCCACCCAUGCGAUUGGUUAUUGCCCCUAGGAUUGGCUUUUCUGACCUAAUUAGGGAUCGAGUCUUGAUAAUGUUCAUAUACAAAAACCCUUGGAUUUUGAGGGCUGAUCUGGGUCUGGAUAAAGAAUUUACCCUCCUUUGAGCUUUUAGAUUUUGGUAGAAGGUAUACUACAUGUUCUACAAAUCCGACAAGUACAAGUUACUAACGUAACAUGUCACGGACAAUUUGAGGGUCUGUUGCAUCAACUCAUUGCUGGAUGUAACCGCUGCGGCCUGUUCAUGUUCUGUUUGGGUUCUGAU